AUGUCUCAUCUCGAAAUGGCUGCUCAGAGGAGAGCUGAAAAUAUCCAUCGCAUCGACUCCAUCAUUCUACUCACCUACAUUUCUGUGUUGGUGGUAAUAGUUCUUACAUCGUGGCUGUUCAAACACUAUAGGUUUAUGUUUGUGCAUGAGACAGGCCUUACGCUGUUCUACGGAUUACUAAUCGGUUUCGUAAUUCGAUACUUCGACAUCGGUUUAUUACAGUCGCAGACAUUUGAUGUUGUCCUUAAAGAUCGAAGAGUUGCCGAGGAACCUCCAGAUUAUCUCAGGUUGGAGGUCGGACCAGUCUCUGGGCCACAUGUCUCUUUUUAUUAUGAAUUGAUGGAAGGUUUCUAUGCUGAUAAAAAGAAACAUAAUGAACAGAAAAUCGAGCAGAAAAGUGCGUUUUCUCCCGAAAUAUUCUUUAAUAUAAUGUUGCCACCAAUCAUCUUUAACGCUGGCUACAGUUUAAAAAAGCGUCAUUUCUUCCGGAAUAUCGGCAGUAUCCUAGCUUUCGUAUUUGUUGGUACGACGAUUUCCUGUUUUGCCACAGGGUGUAUGAUGUAUGCUUUUACAAAGAUGUUUGGAAUGGGCUUUUCUUUUCAAGAGCUUAUUUUUUUCGGCGCUGUAAUUUCUGCCACUGAUCCUGUUACUGUAAUCUCUUUGUUCGCUGACAUGGAUGUUGAAGCCGAUCUGUUUGCUUUGGUUUUCGGAGAGAGUGCGUUAAACGAUGCUGUUGCCAUAGUACUAUCGAACACCAUAGAUAAUUUUUCGUCUGGAAGUGAAGGUGGAUCCAACGAACUGGUUUUCGCACUAGGGAAAUUCGGCUAUGUGUUUUUUGGUUCCCUCCUUUUGGGGUCACUACUUGGAAGUGGUAAUGCACUUAUUACAAAAAUGACGGCUAUUGCAGAGCAUCCUUUACUGGAGAGCAGUCUUUUCGUGCUUGUAUCUUAUAUUUCGUUCCUUCUUGGGGAAGUUGUAGGACUAACAGGUAUCGUAUCUGUAUUGUUCUGCGGUAUAUUUCAAGCACAUUAUACAUUCAACAAUCUUUCUAUGGAGUCUCAAGUCGCGACUAAACAGUUCUUCCAGAUGAUUUCAUUCGUUCUCGAAAGUUUUAUAUUUUGCUACAUUGGUGUCAGUGUAUUCGUGGCCAACAACCAAAAAUGGAAUUUGGGAUUUUUACUUUUUUCGUUGGUAUGUUGCUUGGAGGGUAUAUUCGUUUAUUGUUUUACCUUUAAGCACUUGUUUUUUUUCUUUGCUUUCAUUUUCUCGCCUUAA